AUGGGGUCAUCGUCGAAUGAAUUGGGCAUUAUUGUACUGCCUGCCUUGAUAACAUCUUUGGACAGGUAUCAUGCAUUAUCAUUCUUCGCCGUGGCACUGGUGGCGCUUGUGAUAUGUGCGAUUUCUAGGAAAUUUGCAACGUCGAUCAAGGACGUUCCUGGUCCAUUUGUGGCCUCAUUUUCCAGUCUCUGGCGCGUCUACUAUCUUUGGGAGGGACAUAGUGAGGAGGAGAUUCUCAGACUCCACAAGAAGCACGGUCAUUUCGUUCGCAUUGCCGAAAAUGAAGUGAGCGUGUCUCACCCGGACGCUGUUAAACAGGUUCUGCAGGCCAAUAUUGCCAAAGGCAAAUUCUACUCCAUGUUUAGUCUUCCAGACUAUCACUAUGUCAACCAAAUGUCCGAGUUAGACCCAGCGCGUCACAUCCAGAAGACUCGCAGCCUUUCAGCCGGGUUCUCACUCACCAACAUCACAAAGACAGAGCCAUACAUUGACUCUGUGCUCAAGCUCUUCAAGACCCGCUUCGAUGAGCUAAGCGACACCGGCAGCACCGUCCAGUUCCAAGACUGGUUCAGCUUCUUCGCAUUCGAUGUGCUCGGCGAAGUGACAUUCUCCAAGUCGUUCGGCUUUGUCGAGUCCGGCACCGACAUCCGGAAUGCAAUCGCCAACACUGGCUCAUUGGUCUACUACAUCUCCGUGAUAGGCAAUUAUGUCUGGUUCCACCACCUGACACUAGGGAACCCCCUCUUCAGUCGGCUCGGCCUGCAACCCAACUCUCACAUAUUCGAUACAUGCCUUCUUGCUGUCGACGACCGCAAGAAAAAUCCUGAGAUCCGCCAUGACAUGAUGCAGCGCUGGCUCGAUGUUCGCGCCACCCACCCUGACCGUCUGUCCGAAAGAGAUAUCUUCGCAGCGGCGGUCGCGAACAUUGGUGCCGGUGCAGAGACAAUCAGUGCGACUGCGCAAGCUUUCAUCUACUACUUACUUCGUAACCCCCAAUUUCUGAAGCGAGCACGAGAAGAAAUCGAUGCUGCGCAGGCCCGCGGGGAACUUUCUGCUAUCAUUCAAAAUAGCGAGGCGGCGAAGCUCCCUUUCUUCCAGGCUUGUUUGAAAGAAUCAUAUAGAAUCCACCCUGGCGUUGCCCACAACCUUCCACGAGUGGUGCCCAAAGGAGGAAUGACUAUUGCUGGAAGAUAUUUCCCCGAAGGAGUUAUUCUGAGUGUUAAUCCUUGGGUCAUCCACCGCAACACAGACAUCUUCGGCGAGGACAGCGAAAUCUAUGACCCCGAUCGAUGGCUCCAAGGUGACACUAAGAAAAUGGAUUCAUUUUUGAUUCACUGGGGAACCGGAUACAGCCAAUGCCCGGGACGUAACCUGGCCCAGUUUGAGCUGAACAAAGUCCUCAGCACGAUACUGCGCGACUACGAUGUUGAAAUGGUCGAUCCAACCAAGCAAUGGAAAUUUGGCACUCGCUUCCUGGCUGUUCCUUAUGGAUGGCCUUGCAAAGUCCAGAGACGUCAGAAGGCAUGA